AUGCUUAACUCAAGCUUCUCACACCGCAAAGCUUUAGUCCAGGAGGACCCGAAUCCCAAGGAUGUCCGAACUGUCAAAUCACACAAAUCUGAACAUGGGGCCUCGAUCAAGAAGACAUCAGGAACUACUCGCCAGUCGCGUUCUAGCUGGCCGAGUUUUCAAUGGUGGCUCAUGGCCAUCCCAUCAUUCAUUAUUUCAGCUUACGGCGCUGCAUUUUUCACUGGAAAUACCCCAGGCGAUCCACAAAUCAAGGCGAGAAUUAUCAGUUCGCUCGGAGGCGUAAUCCACAUCGGAGGUUCCCUCGUGGCCAUGGGUCUCGGUCCCUUCCAGUUCCUCCCGCAGCUACGGCAGAAAUACAUCCAGAUUCAUCGCUGGUUAGGAUGGGUCUACGUCCUCGCCGUGACGACUGGUGGCAUCGCAGCGUUCUACGUCACAUUCAACAGCGAGGCGUUGACAUGGGGCAAGGUUGGCUUUGGCCUCCUCGCCUUGGGAUGGCUCGAGACUGCUAGACGUAGCAUUGUUGCCAUUCGAUCGCAUGGAGACAUCAAGAGUCACCAAGCUUGGAUGACGAGAAACUUUGCUCUGACCUAUGCCGCGGUGAUGCUGCGGUGGCAGUUGCCUCUAAUGAUCGCCGCUGGGAUGGAAGUCAAGUUUGCGCUGUCUAUCACCGGAUACAUCUCCUGGAUACCGAAUCUUUGGUUUGUCGAACGCUUUGUGUUGAACAAGAACUGA